AUGUCUUUGACCCUUGAGACACUUUCGCUCGACGUACUCAUCAGCAUCGCUAUCUUUCUCGACCCUCCUGAUGUCAUCCACCUACGACUAACGUCGAAAAAACUUUGUGACCUGUCGUACGAACGAGUCGUUUGGAUCAAACUAUACAAUGCCUAUCGUCACCUCACACGCCCCGUUGGCCCCUCGCCAGCGCAGACGCGAGACGUGCUCGAGAAAAUUCUCGUUACCUCGUAUAUGACCCAUCAAAAUCUAUUCGUUACACCCAAGGAGCCUCUCUCUCGUCUUUACGACACUGGCGACCAGAUUUUCCAUGAGGUAAUAGGGAGGUGGGCGCUCGCAAGGACUCUCCGAGACGGCACCCGGGUCCUUUGUUAUGACCUCGACUUCCCGGACCACGAACCCCGCGAACCAACUAUAGCUUGGCUGAAUGACGAGGGCGACUUUCACAUCUGGGACAUGCGCUACCAUGAUGUCACGCUUUGCAAUAGGAGAAAAAUUGGCCUCGUACUCCUUGAGCUCCGAACGAAAGACUUAGCUCAGGAGGAAUUCUUCGACAACCCUUCUCCCCAAGGUCACGGUGACACUGAUCCUAACGCCUUCUUUGCAGCUAAAGUAAUCAUUCUCAAGGUAAUAUCGACCGACACCUCUAGUGACGUUUUAGUCUUGGAAGAGUUGUAUAGAUUUAAACACGCCCUAGACAGCUCCGAUCCUGGCUUACGUGCGUCACUGAGCCCUUCUGCCUUGAUCAUUCAGUGGGCAGGCGACCCCAAACAAGCUUUCGUGUGGGAUACCGAAAAGCUGAGCGAAGACCCGGUGGCCGUUACCCAUAGGCAUGCUACGUCCGAGCAAUACGUUCUGCAUACUUGCUCCACUACCCACGUUAUCUCGCGAAGGUCUUCCCUGGACAUCCUUGGGACCGUCCUUGAAGCAACACCUCUACAGUCCGUGAUCUCGACCACCAUGCUCCGUCCUACCGCUGUCGUAAACAUGCCCGGCGUCAUAUUCUUCCGCCUGUCUAUCCUGCGUGAUUCGGUAGUCGACCCGAUCACGGGCUAUACUGAGGUCGUCCUCAUCGGAACGGAACAGCCCGGCCUUCGGAAUAACGGAAAUCAAUGUCUCUCCCUCGUUCGGCUCCUCAUUCCUCCUGCACCCGAGGGCAGCGGGCGCCCGGCUAACAUAGACAUGAAAUUGCAAGAACUCACGGAUAUCCCUUUGACAUCAUUCACGGCGCAGCCGAGCGCGACGUGGAACGGGUGCGUUAGGGUCGCAUCCCUGCGUGUCAUAUACGAUCGUGAAGCAAGGGGGUACGGUACGAGUCUCCCGAUUGAUAGGGACCAGGAACAGAAGGAGCUCUACAUUAUGGAGGUCACAUAUGACGAGAAAAUCCAGAGCGCGACAAUACGCAUCGCAGAGAACGUCAGCCUCCCAGCCGAUGUACACGACAUUUUCAAUCGUCAGGGUUCGCGACUCGAGUCUUUUGAGGCUGAGCUGGGGUCUGGAAGGCUUGUCUACAGGUGCGAUCUUGGGAUAUAUGAAUCGCCGCAGCGCAAGCUCGGCGUCUUGGAUUUUGCGUAA